CCUCUUAAUUAAUACGGCUGAAAAACGUUAACUCACGUUCUCUGUCGUUUUAUGUGGGGUUGGUUAAUCCCAUGAAAUCACUGAGCAAAACAUACAUUUGUGUAGGCCACUAUAUAUUUUGACACAAGUUUUCGUACCAGUCUUUUGAGGACACGUUGCAUUGCCUGAUGUGAGUCGAACGUAGAUGUGAGUGGCGCAUGCUCAAGCAUGAACAGUUACGGCUAAACGUCGCAAUGUAAACAUUAAGGUACAGGAAGACGGUGUCUAUACUCGGUCAUAUUUUACUGAAAGGCAACAAGUCAUUGCUUUUUUGUUAUAUAUUUGAAAAAUAAAAAUAUAUGAAGUGACGCGCAUGCGCGACUCAAACGCGACGCAUGCGCCACUCACAUUCGACUCAUACCAGGCACUCCGCGUCAAGCGAAACUGAGGAAGGGAUUAGUAGCAAUAUUACCGGCCUGGAAGAUAUUGAUUGUAUAUACAAUUUUGUGAAACCCAUAACGACCACAGGCAGGUCGAACCGUCAGAGAACGUGGGACAUCUGUCCGCUUGGAUUGCCCACUUACAUACUGAACCUAAUUGGAGGUGAGGGAUGAAUUGAGAGGAUGAAUGUGAACCAGCAACCACACAUGGCCUCCCCCUACGGUCCUCCUCAGCCUGGAUACCAGGGCUACCCGCAGGCUGCCUAUGGGGGCCAGCACAUGGCCGGAGGGUACCCAGGGCAGUACCCCCCCUACAACGGACCCACUUCUGCUUACCAGCCUGGAGCUCCAGUGCCAGGAUAUUCUCCUUAUGCAAGCUUUCCCUCUAAGGCUUUUGCAGCAAACUUAGUCUCUGACCUGUCCUCCUCCUCUCCUCUUGACUUAGGUUCGAUGUGCGGCCCCCCCACUUCAGGCGCUCCGCCUGCCUCAGCCCCCCAAGCCUACGGACAGUAUGGUGGGGGUCAAGCACAGAACGGCCCUCCCCCCAGUGCACCCCCAAACCAGAGGCCUCCUGCGUCCCAGCCCUAUGCCCCAGCACCCAUGAACCUGUCCUCCCCCCAGUCAGGCUACAGCCAGCCAUUCGCUGGCCCACCUACAAGCAUGCAGCAGAUGACCAAUCAGAUGGCGGGGAUGCAGGUUGGGUCAGCCCCCCCCACAGGAGCAACUCCUGGCUAUGCUGUGCCUCCAGUCUCUGGCGCCUACACAUCCACAGCACCGCGUCCUUCCUUCCCCCCCACCUCCUCCGCCUCCCCACACUCUGCCGCAGGUGACGGAGUUGCCCCUGGCCCCCCUCAGUCCUUCUACGGGGGUCCCACACCUGGCCAGCAGCCCUUCCCCACCUCCUCCGCACCCCCACCGGCCUUCUCCACCGCUCCCCCCACCCAGACCCCAGCCGCACCUCCUGCUGCUGCUGCCUCAGCUCCACCCGUCUCCCAGGCAUCGCAGGCCUUUCCCGGAGCUCCUCCACCCGCCCAGCCCCAGCCAGCACCACCGCCGCAGCAGCAGCUGCCUCCGUUCUCUGCUGCUGGACCUCCGCCCUCGCAGCAAGCCCCCUUCUCCUCUGGAGCUCCCCCGACAGCAGCACCCCCGCCCAGCUCCCAGCACCUGUAUGGAGGCCCACUACCUCCCCAGGGUGUCCCUCAGCAACAGCAGCAGCAGCAGCAGCAGGCUGGCUUCCCCAGGCCUCCACCUCCCACCUCACAGCCUUCGCCCUCUGGCCCAGCUGCUGCCACCAACUCCGGCUUCCCUGGAGGCCUCCCUCCACCCCCGACCUCCACCCAGUCGUCGCUGCAGUCGUACCCAGGCGCCCCCAUGACCCAGCAGAUGACCCAGCAGCAGCAGCAGCAGCCCCCGGUCUCCCAGCCCUCACCCUUCCACUCAGCCCCGCCUCUCUCUGGGCCCGUGCCUCCUCCGCCCGGCGCCGCUGGCUUUCCACCACAGGGGGGCGCCCCUCCGAGGCCCCAAGGCAUGCAGGGCCCCCCGAUCCCGCAUCCCUCCAUGUCUGGGCCCCCCAUGUCCCAGGCCAACCAUGUGGCCCCGGGGGCCAUCCAGCCAGGCAUGCCUCCACAGAUGGGCCCCGCCACAGCGGGUAUGCCAGGCCCUCAGCCAGGCAUGCAGGGGUACCCCAACCAACAGAACGGUGCUUUUGGGCAGAUGCGAGGUCCACAGCCAGGCUACCCAGGGCCGUAUCCUGGGCAACAGAGCUUUGGAGGGCCUCCCCAGGCUCCUGCUCCCGCUCCUCAGCCACAGAAACGGUUGGACCCCGAUUCCAUCCCGAGUCCAAUCCAGGUGAUUGAGGAUGACAAGGCCAACAAAGGCACCGAGCCCUUCACCACGGGGGUCAGAGGUCAGGCUCCACCCCUUGUCACCACCAACUCCCAGGUCAAAGAUCAAGGCAACGCCAGUCCUCGGUUCAUCCGCUGCACUGCCUACAACGUGCCCUGCACCUCAGACAUGUCCAAGCAGUCACAGGUGCCCCUGGCUGCAGUCAUCAAACCUCUAGCCACCUUGCCCCCAGAUGAGGUGCCUCCGUACAUCGUGGAUCACGGUGAGCAGGGCCCCAUCCGCUGCAACCGCUGCAAGGCAUACAUGUGUCCCUACAUGCAGUUCAUUGAGGGUGGCCGCAGGUUCCAGUGCGGAUUCUGCAGCUGUGUCACAGAGGUCCCUCCCCAUUACUUCCAGCAUCUGGACCACACAGGGAAGAGGGUGGACUGCUACGACCGGCCAGAGCUCUCCAUGGGCAGCUACGAGUUCCUAGCCACUGUUGACUACUGCAAGAACAACAAGCUUCCUCAGCCCCCUGCCUACAUCUUCCUGAUUGACGUGUCUUACAACGCGGUGCGGAGCGGCAUGGUGAACAUCGUUUGCCAGGAGCUCAAGACACUGCUGGAUUACCUGCCCAGAGAGAACCCAGACUUGCCGUCGUCGGUGCGCGUGGGCUUCGUCACCUACAACAAGGUGCUGCACUUCUACAACGUGAAGGCCUCGCUGGCGCAGCCCCAGAUGAUGGUGGUGUCCGACGUGGCCGACAUGUUCGUGCCGCUGCUCGACGGUUUCCUCGUCAACGUCGACGAGUCUCGUGUCGUCAUCGAGAGCUUGCUGGACCAGAUCCCUGAGAUGUUUGCAGACACGCGGGAGACAGAGACAGUGUUUGGACCUGUGAUCCAGGCUGGUCUGGAGGCCCUGAAGGCGGCUGACUGUGCUGGGAAACUCUUCAUCUUCCACACGUCUCUGCCCAUCGCUGAGGCCCCUGGGAAACUGAAGAACCGGGAAGACAAGAAGCAGGUUGGCACAGACAAAGAAAAGGUAACCUUUCAGCCGCAGGUCAGUUUCUAUAGCAACCUGGCCAAGGAGUGUGUGGCGCAGGGCUGCUGCGUGGACCUCUUUCCUCUUCCCCAACAGUACGUCGACGUGGCAACACUCGGCGUGGUCCCCACCUCCACCGGAGGCUCCAUCUACAAGUACACCUACUUCCAGGCCCAGUCUGACCAGGAGCGCUUCCUGCACGACCUCCGGCGGGAUGUGCAGAAGCAGGUGGGCUUCGACGCAGUCAUGAUCCGCACCAGCACGGGCAUCAGGGCUACGGACUUCUUCGGCUCCUUCUACAUGAGCAACACCACAGACGUGGAGCUGGCUGGCCUCGACUGCGACAAGACCAUCACCGUGGAGAUCAGGCACGACGACAAGCUCAACGAGGAAACGGGGGCCAUGAUGCAGUGCGCGGUCCUGUACACCAGUUGCAGUGGGCAGCGGCGACUGCGGGUCCACAACAUGAGCGUCAACUGCUGUAUGCAGCUGGCCGACCUCUACCGCAACUGUGAGACGGACACAAUCAUCAACUUCUUCGCCAAGUAUGCAUACCGAAGCGUGCUCAACAGCCCCACCAAGAACGUGCGGGACGGUCUGGUGAACCAGUGUGCUCAGAUUCUGGCGUGCUACCGCAAGAACUGCGCCAGCCCUUCCUCUGCUGGACAGUUGAUCCUGCCGGAGUGUAUGAAGCUGCUGCCGGUCUACCUGAACUGCGUGCUGAAGAGCGACGUGCUGCACCCGGCGGCCGACACCUCUCUGGACGACCGCGCCUACCUGCGGCAGCUGCUCAGCUGCAUGGACGUCGCCGAGAGUCAUGUCUUCUUCUACCCCCGCCUGCUGCCGCUGCAUAAGAUGGACGUGGACAGCGACGCGUUGCCGUUGGCCAUCCGGGACUCGGAGGAGCGUCUCUCCAAGGGGGGGCUGUACCUGCUGGAGACGGGCCUGAACCUCUUCCUCUGGGUCGGCGCCAGCGCCCAGCAGGAACUGCUGCAGAACGUCUUUGGCACGCCCGCCUUCGGACAGAUCGACCCCAGCAUGACCUGCUUGCCAGAGUUGGAUAAUCCCUUCUCAAAGAAGCUGCGAGACAUCAUCGCCUCCUUCAGAGCCCAGAGGUCACGAUAUAUGAAGCUGAUCGUGGUGAAGCAAGACGACAAGCUUGAGCUCAUCUUCAAGCACUUCCUGGUGGAGGACAAGAACAGCAGCGGCGGCGCCUCCUACGUAGACUUCCUCUGUCACAUGCACAAGGAGAUUCGGCAGCUGCUCAGCUAGGACCGCCCCCAUCUCCUCAGACCCCUCCCCUUCCACUUCCUGCCUACGCCCCCUCCCCUCAUCACCCCCCCCCCCCCCCAACCCACACCUUUCCCUCCAGACCCCCCACCCUCAUACUCUUUUAUCCGAGACGCGCUUUAUCUUUUUAUUUUGAAAUAAUAAAACUAAACUUCUCCCUCCUCCUCCUCUUCCAAUCAUCAUCAUCAUCAUCAUCCGCACACCUCCACAGUCUGGCUCCCUCUGAACACUGGCGCCUGGAAGGUGAUGAUCCAGAGCUCCUGGACUUAGGUGGACUGGGGGAACGAAGUGGCUCAGACAGACUCAGAUACCCGUCUCUGUUGGGUUUUAGUUUCUAACUCACUUUGGGCCAGGCACUUCAUAUUCUUUGAUCCUUUGGGGAGGUGUGUGUGUGUGUGUGUGUGUGUGUGUGUGUGUGUGUGUGUGUGUGUGUGUGUGUGUGUGUGUCCUGAGAGUAUGUAUGCGUGGACUGCUUGUUUAUUAAUGGGUUUGUUGAUUUGAAUAAAUUGCAUGGAUGGAUGGAUGAUCAGUCCUUUACUACAGCAGAUGAUGCAGGAUUCCCCCUCUUGGCCUCAAUAUGAAGUUCAACUACACAGCAACAUGUCAGUCAGCAUAGUUAAAGGAAAUAUUCUAAGUGGUGUGUGUGUGUGUGUGUGUGUGUGCGUGUGCAUGUCUUUGUGUGUGUCUGUGUCUGUGUGUGUGUGUGUGAAAGAGAGAGACAGAUGUUAGAUGAAUUGGAAGUAGAAGGGUGAUUUUGAAAGCUUCGUAAUCAUUGAUGUUGAUUGUAUCGGGUGUUCUGUGAGUAACACUAGCACUGAACCUCUGGUUGUCGGGGGAGAAAAUGACGAAUAAACAAACAAAUAAACAAGUAAACAAACAAGAAGUUCACACAGACGCUCCUCAACCAAAAGUCCGAAGACCUCCCAAUCCAAACCAAAUGCUACACCUAAGCAGAUGGACAUGAGAGAGAGAGAGAGAGAGAGAGAAAGAUGGGAACAGGUUCAUCUUGCUUUUAUUUAUUUUGUUUGUUUGUUUGUUUGUUUUCUCCACCCCUGUCAUCCACAGGAUUCCCUUCUCCCAUUUUGGCUGCCACUUUCUUUCUGUUUCUCCUUUCUUUUCUCUGUUUCGUCCUUAUCCUGUCGUUCUCAGCGUAUGGCCUUAUUCACUCGUUCUUUUCCUUUCUCCUGAUUUGUUGUUUCAAGCCCACACUUUUUUAUAAUUAUUAUUCCUUUCUUGUCAUUGUCUUUCUUUUGUGUGUGUCUGUGUGUGUGUGUUCAUUGUUUGUUUAUUUGUUAUCGUCCACUGUAACAGUCUAAAUGUUUUUAAAAAAUGUGUGGAAAUCAAAAUGUGACUAAUAGGCAAUAUGGGAACCAGAAUAAUAUUUUUCCUUUUUUUCAUUUGUCCAUGUAAUCUAUCCCCUGUUAAAAAACAACAAAACAAAAGCAAAAAAAAAAAAAGCAAACAUGUCUGGUUUUCAUGAAGCGAUCUACAGGAGGACACGACUACACAGAAUAUCACACACAUCUAAACAGUCUAUGCAUUUUCCUACUAGAGGAGGGCUUAACAGGGGAGCUGUAUACAGAUAUUGUAAUUACUAUACUUAUUAAUCUUGAAUUUUACCGUAAUAUCAACAGAGGUGGCCCCUCUCCUCUCUCCUCCAGGGAGUCUAACGGGAAAGAUAGUAAUACACAUUUUAGUGUGUGCCCAAACUCACACACACACACACACACUUGCUUGUGUUCUGAUAAAUUAUGUUGGAUUCUCCAUUUUGAGGAGAAGCGAUUAGGUUUGAGGCCCCAGAGGAAGAGUAGGAGGAAGACUUAGAGAUGUGAGCCUCUCAAAUGAACCCUGGGAAUUGUAGUUUGUAUAUGAACAAUAUAAUGAGGGCCGCUUGGUCUGCUGGGAUUUGUAGUUCAGAAGAGGGGUGUGCUUGGAUCAGUCAACCACCCCCUCUCCCCAGCCCUACUCUUUCCCACCAAACUGUAAUACCCUAAUGGCUGUUAACCUUCCUUUUAAUUUCCAUUUUAUUUUAGUUUGCGAUCCUAUUCCCAUCCCUUCCGCAGAUCUUUGCUUCAAACGUCCUGAUCUUUUGUAUCGCUGACUUAAUCUAUUUUGUGUUUCUUUUUCUUUUUUCCCUCUUUUAAAAAAAAACAAAAAACAAACAAAAAUUUGGUUUGAAGGUUUGUGAUUCUGUAGGGUGCUUCUCUUUUGGCCUCUCAUCAAUUAGAAUCAAGACGUUCUCUUGUGAUACGCAUGGCGAUGAUGAUGAAGAUGGUGAUGGUAUGGUGCAAUGUUGGCGGGGUAAGGGGUGGGUUGUGGAUGUUGGAUGGGAGUAAGAGUGCAGUAUUUACAGCUAUUGAUUUCUUCUUUUGGGAGGGGGGGGAGUGAAAGGAUUUAAGAGAACGCAGAAGAAUUGUGACCAGAUAAACGAUUCAGACACUGAAAUACCUUUGUCAUUGACAUUUAUUUACAUGUACAGAAUUAAAACAAAAUCACAUUUUAAACACAACGCCCCAGCCCGUGUGGUUUGUUUCAUAAUGUGUGGAGUCAGUGAUGCAGGGGAACUUAUACCCUUAUGCCCUCUACUGUAGCACGCAAUAAUGCUAAAAUCCUGAGUCGACAGGAAUUGUGUGUGUGGUGUGUGUAUGUACUGUAUGUGUGUGAGGGAGAAGAUUCAAAUCCUUGUGAAUUUCGAAAAUUGAAAUGAGGGAUUAACCUGAUGACUGAAAUUGUAUUUUUUUUUUUUGAUUGAUAUAAUUCUAUAUUUCUUUUUCUAAACACACUUUUCUUUGUUGUUAUUUUUUUUCCUUCCUUGUGUGGGUGUGUUGUUUCCAUAACCUUAUUAUUAAUCUCAGUUGAGUUGUUUACAAUCUACCCUCAACCCAUCCCAUUCUGUUGUUUUUGAAUGUAGCGACACAAUUAUGUUUUUGUUUUACUCCACGCUGUGUUGUCCCUGCCCCUCCUGGGUUGCAAACAAACAACGUAAAUAAAUUAAAUAAACAAACCUAUAUUUAC